CUUUGUUUGUUUAUUUGUUUUUUUCCUGGACACUGUUUAGAGCAUCGUUCCUUCGUGGUUCCAUGACUGGUAGAACAGAUUUACCUUUUUGAAUUUGAAAACUGAAGUAAAAGACUAGUGAUUUUUAGUUCAUGGAGCGACACAGCAAUGGGGUUGGUAGACUGGUUGGUUCGGCAUCCACCCCGGAAAAUCUUCUCCAAGAACAGAGAAAAGUGGAAGGUAGGCGCUUUUAUUUCAGUUCGGUUCAACCUGAAGUCGCCACAUACAACAUAGCAGUUCAUUUAAGUUAAGUGUUUGUUAGCUCAACUGAGAGCGUAGUUUCUGCCGGUAUUGUUUUCGAUUCCGGUAAAAAAAAUAAGCUUAAGUUUGAGUUAAAUUGUAGCUUGUUGUUUUUAUUACCCGGGUGUUCGUUUUUUAAUCCUUUUACGCUUUCUUUAGUUUGAGACGGGUCUUUACGAUCGUUAUUACAACUCUGGUGUACCUUAGUUUUGCAAGUUUCAGUUUAUUUCAGUCUAGCUAAAUGAUGUACAGAAAAUAAAGAUACAAGGCUAGUCUACUCCGCAGUUCGACGAUCACUAUUCUAUUUUCGAGUGUGCAGCCAUGCCGAACUGAAGGCACAAUAAUUGGAUUGGUGUGUUAGGUUCGACCUUGGGCUCAUCAACCUCGCUUUGCUAUUUAGAGCAUAAAGGUUUGCUAAAGUCAUACUUGUCUAUGGUCUGUGGAAAUUUGUUGUAUCAUUUUUUAGAAACUGAAUGGUUUACCGAGUGUGUUCAAGGGAUUUGAAAAAAGAUAAGACGUAGCAGUCCAAAAGUGGCUCGAAUUUUAACCGAAAGUGAGAAAUCUUUGAAAACCUGACUGAAAACCGAAGGUUCUAGUACUCAAAUAUACAGGCUGUAUUCGGUUGUUUUGCCCUCGACGUUGGGAGAACGCAAUUCAUAAUCUUGGGAUUCUUGUCAGUAUUACGGGGUUGUCCUUUGGUACUCAGGGUGACAGUUUCAGCAAGUUCUCGCCGUACGUCUUUUUCUGGGCCGUUUUGAAUAGACCAUUUUACAGUUGUGUGCUUGGUGCCCUGGGGCCCGUUUCUGGAAAGUCCCGCUAAUUAACGGACCCGCAAAGCUGUUGUUGUUUACAUGCAAGAUAGAGUUUUCAAUAGUUUUGCAUCCAACAUGAUACAACGAUCAGUUAAUGAAACAAAAAGGAGCAGUUUGUUAGCCAGGACCCGCGCUCUUAUUCUUUGUAUUUCGAUUUGAAAAUCUGAUUUCUGGCCCAAAAAGUUACUGGGACUUUCGAGAAACGGACCCCAGGCCUUUGAAUAGAAGCGGCUGACGAUGACCUUGUUUAGUUACAAACCUUCUUGCUUUUCAUAUGUAAAUGAUCAUGUUCACGGGCUUGUUAAUUAGCAUGAGAAUACCACGAUUUGUUCACAUGAGAAGCAGGAAGGUUUGUAACAAAACAAGGUCACCACCAGCCUCGCUUCUAUUCAAAGGCCAGGGCACUGAACACACAACUGUAAAAUGACCUAUUACGUCAAUUAAAAUUUUUAUGUCUCACCUGUACGAAAACAUUCUGGGAUAAAGUGCGUUUGAAGAAUAUUAUUUUUAGCGAUGUCCGAUUCACUGGCAUCUGUAAUUGAGAAAAACCUCAUAUGUUUCUGUCGCUCCUAUCAUUGUUUCAAUCAGUUACGCUCGAGCUUACCAUAUGCUUUUGAAAGUAGUGAUAUCAUUAUCUUUUUAACGGCCAAAUAGGCCUUUUUUACUAGUUUUACUUCUAAUCUCUGGAUCGAGGAGUGACAUCGCCGUUAGAUCUACACAACUGGCUCCGAUGUUCUGAAUGAACUGAUUUUUAAGGCUGGCAAAAGUGUAGCAUGUAAACGUGUAUAAACCAUCCUUACGUGAAGCUCAAGCUUCGGUAUAUAAGUAUAGUCUACUUUCAACUCAAAAACGUUUUCGUAUGGAAACCUCGAGGAUUUGAAAAUUGAAUUAAGGGUGUUUACAGGCUACACCGUUGCUUCGGAAACCGGCAACGUCAAGAAAAGGAUCACGACUUCUGUUCAGGCAACAAUUUGGUUUUUCUUGAUACCAUUAUGACAGUAUCCACUUUCUCAACGCCCUUCGCCUCUCAAUUCCGAUUCCGGUAGUAGGCCCGAGCAUGAAGGACGAGCUACCCCCCUCUCGCCCGCGUUUGCUACCCACAGAAAACUGAACUUGGCUUGUGGAGCAAGAAAUCUAAAACAGCCGACGGGAAAUCAAACCCCCAGUCCUUUGAGCAAAGGUUUGACAGCUUAAGACUGCGUAAUGUCAGAUUAAUGACUAGCCAUUUGGAAUUAGCGAUCCCGUACGGAAGCAAUAAAGGCCAAAAAAGAAAAAACAACUUGAAAAACACUGUCAACGCGCUAUUAUGGGUCUUCAUGCCUCAUGUGCCCGCAGUCACAGUUGUUAAACAAUCAAAAUUGAAGUGACAAAAGAUGUUUUUAGUGCGCAUGUUUUGACUAAAAAUUAUUUAAAGAAUUUUGUUUGGUCUUUUGAUUUAUAACAGGAUUUUUUUCGAUUUCGGGAAAUGUUUGUAUUAUGUGAAGGAAAAUAUCAUAAAAACAGUUUGACUCAUUUAUACUUCGUGUUCAACGCCUGUACAUCAACAUUGAUCAAAUGACAUCCUCUCUCGAAAGUUUCUCCUAACAUGAAUUGUAAAGACAGGUGUUUCGUUUCCACUGGUUUCGGCAGGUUACAUUGGUUUGACAUCUCGACCUUGACUGGUCGUACGUUGGUAAUUGUCAGGAAAUAGUUCCUGUCCCUAUUUUGGAUAAGUUCUGGCUUGUUUCUCUUAAUUUCAGUCGAAUUCAUACUGUACAUGGUGUUACUUAUUAAAAGCUGAAAAUAUUUAAAUAAUAAUAGUAAGAUAUUUCCUGGUCACUGCCGUUAGCUGUUUUGAUUCUUCAAGCUGUAAAUGACCUGUAAGAAGCUGUUAGCCCCCAAUGUUGUGAUCAGAUUCGUAAGGUUGCGUUUUUGACAUCGCAUUGUUAGUUCAUAAGAACGUUUAGCUAAUCACAAUCGGAGAAGAAGCUUCACACCUCUCUAAAUCGACAACAAGUCAGGAUUUUCAAACUGUAAUUUUAGUAGCUUUUUAUCUGCUAAUAUGAAAAGCUUGUAUAUAAGUAAACACCUUUGUAAUUUUUAUAUUGCUCUCUUUGUUUUAUACUGACUGGAAAGCCCAAUCUUAACAGUGAAAUCUGAGAAAGUAAAUUAUUUUGACAGGGCAAACGUCUCAAAUGUUUCAUGCGGGAUGAGGCACUUCUAGCCAAUCAUAGAAGACUUGCGUAAGUAUUAAUUUGAGCUGCUAGAGACGAUGGGUUUGCUAGUCAGUGUAAAAGCAAGGUGCGACAACAGUAUAGUAAGAGAACGACAACCACAUUGAAGAGUGAAUUAUAAACCUAUACUAGGAGCUGCAAGUCAAUAAACAACAAGUGAGCCAGAAGAAGUUGUUUUGUUGUAACGGUAAGCUAGUCCCCUACAAAAAGUCCUUUCAACACAGUGUACUGCAAAUCUUGUACAGUGGAACCUCGCCUUACGACCACCACGUUUAUAAAACCACCUCGUUAUUACGGCCAUAUUCUUUCAAAGCAAACGUAAAAACCAUUGAGUCAUUUUAUUAUUUUGAAGACCCCGUUAAUGCGACCACCUCGUUAUUACGACCAGGAUUUUAUGGCCCAACGGUGGUCGCAUUAACGGGGUUCCACUGUAUUUCGAUUGACUGACGCUAGUUUCGUCUUUGUUUGGUUCUUAGUAUUAGCAAUGAGAACUGAGAGAAAGCCAAGUUUAUGUUAUAAAAUACUUGAUAAAAAUCACCAGAAGGUGCCCUUUGAUACAUCGUUUUUGACUACGGGUACGAAGAAGUCGAACAUGUUUGCGGUGUAGUAAUAUCAAAGACGCCCAUUUCCUCACGUGGUAAUGACUUAAUCGUCACACAAGAGAUCUCGCGACUUCAUUUAACGAUUUUUGUCUAGUAAAAGAUACUUUGCUAAGUUGGCCGGUGUGGAGAUUUAACUCACUUUAUUUUUGGCUCACUAUUUUUCAGUUGGCAAACCAGAUAGCGUGUUGCAUCCUGAGAUUAAAAGGAUGCUGGUGAUGGACGUUUUCAGUGGAAAGCGAAGGUAUAACUGAAUCAUUGUUACACUGGUCUAUCCAGCCGGGGCUCAAAUUCAAAAGGUGCAUCUCGGGAACAAACCUGCGAGAGAAUUAUAACCUGUUUCGCUGUUUGCAACCCGCUCUAUUUUAGUUAACUUGCACAUUUCACAUGCAACUAAGUAAGUGUGUUUAUAGUCUGUGUAUCACGGUCAAUGAAGAUUUGGAUAACGGAAACGGGGUUUUGCACCUUUCAAAAAUAUGGGGAUCAAAGGCAGUUACAGUCUUUCGUGGUUUCAAUCCUACCUUUGGGAUCGUGAACAGUAUGUGUCUGUUCGUGGUGAAAGUUCAUCUUCUCCUGCCCUGCAGUAGGGUGUACCGCAUGGGUGGCGGGGGGGGGGGAUUGUUUUUGCACAUCUCAGCUUUGUAGGGAUUGCGGGAACAUUGUGAGGAAACAUGACAUGCGUUACCAAUUUUUAGGCUGACGAUUCGCAACUCUAUUUGUCGUUUGACUCGAACCUACCUGGUCAUAACCUGACGCCGUACGCUGAACCAGAAGAAUGCGGCGUUUGUUCGAAGAGCACAAGAAAAAACUAGGUACACUCCAUCCAGACAAGUACGAUUCGGUAUCUUCGCGAAAUCGAGGCUGUGGAACUCUGAAAAACAUCAUUUCUGUUUUACACAACAUUAACAAAUGAUUUAUCGUAAUUGUUGCCGGUGAUUUGGAAAUAAACCCGCCUUGAUUUUGAAUCACUGAUCAAUCAGUGAACUAUCAGUGAACGCCGCCGCAUCGGAAACCUUGAAAACCGAAAAUACUGAAUAAUACGAUGUUAUAGAAAUAUUUUGUUUUCUCUUCGCCGUAGGCAUUGGGAUCUGUUUGCUGUUGUUUCCAAACCAAAGAAAAAGACCGUGAAAGACCGCCUGGUGGAAGGUUAGUAGUUUCCCAACCCGGUGACCAUGCCUCAGAGAGUUUGGGUCUAGAAUAUCGUAUCAUUUUCCAGGAAAGUGAUCAAUUGGUUGAAGAUUUUAGUCUAGACUAGGGAAACCGGGAAUUGCAAAUCAAAAAUAUAAAAAAGUCAAAUCGGUUUGUUUUGGCUGGACUGUGCUAGUGACCUCAGUAGUUUCUGGAAAACUUGAGCUACUCUAGGAUAGGGGGGGAUUUGGGGAGUUUGGUCUAGUAAUAGGGUAGCAUAAUUCAGCUGAAAUAGCUCUGGUAUAGGCUAAUUAAGGGUUCCGGGGUCCGAGCGGCACAUCUCCACCCCAAAAUUCCUAAAAUACCCCCCGGGGACCAUGCCAGGUUCCUAGAUGGGGAAAACAGCCAGGGGAGUAACGUGACUGAUCUUGAAGGUGUACGCACGGAAGAAAAGGUAGAGCGCCGAAGGCACACCAAACUAGUGGGGUCUUGGGGUAUGCUCCCCCAUAAAAUGUUUGAAUUAAGGGCCUCGGAAAUGCCAUUCCCUGCGUUUUCUGCAGGACAUUUUUAAAUACGACGGAAAAUGCAGUAGUCAGGUGUUUAUUUUACCCAUCCCUAGUUUUAUCGGUAAAGUAUAGUGUUUACGGAAAAAGGAGCAAAAAGUAACGAUAUCAAGGAGGUUACAUGCAAAGGUCGAGACGUCUACCCUUCUGACGGGCAAACUCUGUUACAGCGCCAUCAAUAUCAACAUCCUAUGCUUGUUUAUGUGCAGAAUUGCUCCCUCCUCCGCUGAGGCUUCCGCUGGGUAUCCCUAUAAAAAUAGCAGGAGAGAGUGCAGAAUUGCAAGAGAGUAGUCUCUCGCCUGUCACCCCACUGCCACACUACGACGAUUCUUGACGUCCGGUUUAUAUAAUACAAAGAUAAAGGAAAAACGAGAACAGAAACUCCAAUAUAAUGCGACAAUUUAUCAGCCAUCCAGAAUUAAUUAUAUAUGUUUUCAUGCUUUCAGGCCUGGGUUUCAGGAGAUUUCAGCUGUACGCACGUGCAAGGGCGUGCAUGCUUAUAUUUAACAAUUAUUCUCCGAGCCCGAAUGGGCUCUGAGUCAAUAGCCCAUGAGGCCGAAGACUAGUUGGUCAAAGAUAUCGAGAAUAAAAAACAAAUUAGCUUGUUAAAGCUAGAUUUUAAUCCUUUUUUGCCGCCAAAAAGCCCGCGCUUUUGGCUACUAGCUAGGGGACUAUAACAUAUAGCCUAGUAGUAGCUCAACCAAUCAGAACGCAGCAUUGAUAAUAGACCACUAGUUGGAUUUUACUAAGAACGUUUAUUCGCUCCUGACAGCGCAGAUUGUGGGCAAGCGAAGCGAGAGUUUAUUUGCCCUGAAGGAUACUCCCUUAUAUAAGCCAUAUAGGUAUGUACCGCCCGAAGGGGUAGGGUCUUUAUAGUACACACUUUGCACAUUUUGGUCUGGAAUCUGCAAUGGUUUUCGAGGGAACUACGGGAGCGUAUGAACGUAUUUAUCGUUUCAAUUCCAAAUGAAUAUUAAGGAAGAAAUAGAAAUAUGCUAAUUCGAAAUGCAUUUGGAGAAAUGUUUUGUUUGUGCUCUAAUCUAAGUAAUGAUGACAUAAUUUCUGCCUAAAGGCCAAGGGCCCGUUUCUCGAAAGUCCCGAUAAUUAACGAGCCCGGUAAGCUGUCUCCGUUUACAUCGAAUAUCUAGGUUUCAAUAGUUUUGCAUCUAACAUGAUAAAACUAUGAGCUAAUGAAACAAAAUGGAGUAGUUUGCUAGCCAGGACCCGCGCUCUUAUUCUUUACAUUUUGGUUUGAAGAUUUGAUCUCGGGCCCGAAAAGUUACCGGGACUUUCGAGAAACGGGCCCCACGUCCGAAAACGGGUGUGGAUUUCAGAGGUCAUGAGGUCUGAAAAGUGUGGACAAAUGACAUUUUUCGGUCUGAAAUAGGGUCAGGAUUUAGAGAACCGGGCGCCACACUCCCACCAAGAAUUCCCUGGAGUACCCCCCUAGGAUUUGCGGUUUUUCCUCGCCAUGAAGCCCGUUUCUCGAAAGUCCUCGUUACUUUUUGGGCCCGAAAUCAAAUAUUCCGUCGAAUCAAAAUCUGGAGAAUAGAAGCGCAGGUUCUGGCUAAGAAACUGCCAUAAGGUUUUGUUUUAGCCUCGACACAGACUUUGUUUUAUUUUUCUUUUCGUUCUUUUCGAAACGGAUCAUUACAAUGGGGUUGCAUUCUCAUUAGAGUUACUAGAAUGGGAUCGCACUUUUUCUGGUUUUGGGGAUCAGCGAAUUCAGUUAGGCAGGGAUUUAAAAAUGGGAAGAUUUUUACAUCAUUAAGUUUAACCAAUGUGCUAAUUCAUUUCCUAGGAAUGACCUAGUUAACAGGCUUAAGUAGAUGCGUAAACAAAAAGUUACUCGAGUAUUACAUUUGACCGAAAGCAAGAGAGGAUAAAGGGGAUAGAGAAGGCGUCCCCCAUACACACCCUAUUCCAUAGGUAAUUCGUCUCGAGUUAUUUUAAGAAUCGGGAUAAAGUUACCUCGCGCGGUGCCUGGCUGUUUCGUGGAGGUUUCGCAUGACUAAACGCCGUGCAAAACAUGUCGGGCGAAAGGCAAUGAAAGCGUAAAGAGAUCGAGAGCAUUUCUGAAUAUUGAAGCGAAAUGAGUCGGCGCUCACCUAGGAAAAGGGAAUCGCUGGACUCUUUGACAACCCGUGAAAUCAGUUUAACUCGAAGUUGUCGUAACCUCAGUGCUUUAAUAAAAUGAGAAAUUUCGCCAGUCUAUUGAAACCGGUCGUUUGUAUAAUAAAGCAAGUAGGACGCCAAGUGUUAUUUUUGUUGAAUAAUAAAAGACUAAUAAAAGAAUAAAUAUCAAACCAGAAAUUGCUCUCUUCAAACUGUAAAUUAUAAAUGAUCCUGAGAGAAUAUUCAGUGUGUUAAGGAUUUCCUGCUGUACUGUUAGCUCCGUACAAGAGACGAAGGGCGAUUCUUUUUUAAUUUCCGUUUCGCUGACACAGCUUUAGCAGAAAUCUCUCUUUAGUCGUUUUCGUCGACAAAACAAAUAGCAAUAUCGCUCUCCGCGUCUUCCGCCAUUUUUUUCUGCGUCAAUUCGUGAAGGACGCGUGGCUCUGAGCGUGGGUCGUCCACGCGGAACACAUUCGCACUAGGUGAUUGGCUGUUGUCUAAUCCCCCUUGGGAUCUAUGGUCUUAAAAAUAACUCGAGACGAAUUACCUAUGGAAUAGGGUGUGUAUGGGGGAUGCCUUCUCUGUCCCCUUUAUCCUCUCUUGCCCGAAAGUGACUAAGAUGGGGUCUAUAUUUGGCCACAGAAUAGACUAUAAUGAGCCAGGCCUGAUAAUGGGCUAGGGGUUCUGAGAGGCCCUCGGCACGAACCCAGCAAAAAUUAACCCAAGUCCCCCGCCCGGGCAUAUUUCUGGGCCAUCCAAUUACCGGGACUUCCGAGAAACGGGUCUCUGGUCCCGGGUCUCCCCAACCUAGUCCUCAGGGCGCUUUUCCUUCCAAAGCCAGGCAAAGGGGCCCUGGGGAUGAGGUUGGGGUUUCCCCUUCCUGAUUGGUCACAUGCAACAUCCACCCGCUGACCAAUCUAGGACACUGAGUGCAAUAUUGGGUAACAGUUCAAUGUACAGCCUUCUUUAUCACCAAAGUUAUCUUCAAAAUGCAACUUUAAUCGCAAAAACAACAAACUUUAAAAUUGUUCUUUCUUACUUUGCUUCCAUUACUGAAAAAUGAAGUAAUUUCCGUUUCCGCUCACGUGGCUUGCACGUUCUUGCACCACACCCCCAAAAUGCAUUCUUCAUAACCGCAGGAGACCUGAAAACUAGACAAAUAUCGCGGGCUCAAGAGGCCGCACCUCGAUUCGAUUUUUGCCUACCUUGCUGGUGUGCUGCUAAUACUUUGACUGCGAAGGAAUUUCGACUUUUUCCGUCUGUCAUUUGGUGAGUUGUACACUCUUUUAGUUGUCUUUAAAUGUAAACAACGUUUUUACUUGUUUUUACGUCGACUGAGGGCAGAAAUUGUUGCAAACAGAGCUAAUGUAACCUUCCACGCGACGCAUGUCGCAAUUUCGUAAUCAGCGUUUCCGCACGUCCACGUUAUCGUUCUCCUCAAUUUUAAAUCAUUUUAGCGCUUUGAAACCCUGAGAUCGUCUGUCCAGUGACCACUUAAAACGCAAUGUGGCUGAGCUAAACUUUUUCUGCGAAACCUUCGAUAGCUUCUUAACUUUAAAAUGUAAAUUUUUGUGUGUUUCCUUGUGUGGGUUGAUCGCUCCAGCGUUCCGUGCCUCUGUCUUUUCCUGUCUCGCCCCAAAUGUCUUCGCGUCGUUGCGUUGUUGCAGUUCGAACGAAAUUCACUUGUUUGUUUUUUGCCUCGAUAAAUUUUAUCCGCCGCUACACACAAUAGGCCCUGAUUUCAGCUGGAUAAUGGUUACCAGUUUGAAAAUUUCCAUAUGACCCUGAAUACUGAAUUGUUAAUGCCGUCUCCGAGUGGCAGCAUCUGCGGGUUGCAUGAUUAUAUUGCCUUCUGAUUUUAAGUGAAUUCUUAGCUUUUACAUCGACUAGCUUUCGCUCUCUUUUGUCUGGCUGGACUCGAUUUUGUGGAGAAACAUCUGUCUAACAUAAAACACGUCAAUUCGGGCAGCUCAAAUAACACUUCCAGGCGAAAUCUUUACAACCUCGCAUUAUCGGAAACUAAGUGAAAAGCCGGCUAGUGCUUCAAUUUUCUGCUGUAUAUACUUCAUAACAACAUAGCUUUUUAUUACACCUUUGAUUAGUUCUCUUUUCUUUGGUUGUUAUCCUGUUGCUUUCAUUGACACGGGGGAAAAUGAAAGUUCAAGGACAUUGUUUCCUUUACCAAACUUACAUGGCUGUUUAAUUCGCGGAAAAUGUCUGUUUCUGUAAAGUAAAUAUAGUACAUUUUAAAUCAUUCUUUGUUCACCUUUUUGAGUUUAAUGAAGUUAAAGUUAAUUCUCUCUUGACAAAGAAAAACGAGGUUGGGUGAUACCGGAAUCUUCAACAGCCAUGUUAUGCAAGUACACUUGCUCUCUGUUUGCAGCCUUCUCUAAAUAUUUUAAUAGUUGCUUUUAAAAAAGCAACUUUUUUCUGGUUGUGUCUAGAUCUGAAAGUUCAUAGCAAAUUUGGAGAAUUGCCCACUAUUUAGAUAUAGUAAUUAUAUUGUAAGUGGAAUAGUAAGCUAUCUUUUAUUCUUAAAUUACUUGUAUUACCCUGUUUCAUAAAAUCCCAUCUGCCCGCAGGUGUCAAGAUGUUCCUUUAGUAAUGUGUAGUGACCAAAGUUGUAUUUCUUUAAGCGCUUAGCUACUGUAGCUGUUUGAAGAAUUUUUAAAGAGGGAUUGUGUGGUUCCAGAAAAUAUCCAGACCCCCACCAUGGAGGGAAUUGGAAAUUCCAGGGGGGUGGGGGGGUCAGAGGACCAGGAAAUUCCAGGAGGAAGGGGGGGUUGGACCAUAAAAUCACUUUCCAGGGGGUCAAUAUCAUUUCGUUUCCGACCUGUCCUUCUUAGCGACCUGGAAGAUCAUUUUUAGGACAUAAAUAACUUGAAAUAUAUCACUUAAGAUUGUUCCUUUUGAUCUUAACCAGGUUUCCUUUCUUCCAAAAGCGUUUUGGAUGUAAUUUCAAAGGAAUUGAACCGUCCACAACUCGUUUUAUCGCAUGCCCGUGUAUUCGGCCGCCAUUACUCGUUAGCAGUCAAAACAUCAACGUGUGCAACACAUAACGUUGCGUCAGUUGAUCGAUCAGUAGAGUGGCAAUUUUGCCUCACGAAGCACAAGCUAUACAUUGAAACCAUUUUAAAAUGUAGAGUUUUUAUUCUCCUUUUCAUUUUCCCUUAAUUUGUGGCUGAAGGUGUGGCAUGUUCAUGAUCGAAUCCUCGCUGAAAUGCUGUCGAUUUCACCAAACAUUUAUACGGCCAUCGCGCAUCAUGUCCCAUCAGUUGAUCGAAAAACAGUAAAUUGAACUUGGUUUCCCUUCAAGAUGCAGGGGGUAUUCAUUGUUAUCAUUUCAGAGUUCAGAGUUUUUAUUCUUCUCUUUGUUUUGCAUUAAUUUUGUGGUCGUAAGUUUGACUUGUUCUGCAUUCCCGCACGAAAUGGCGUUAAUUCUAUCAACAUUACGCCCAUGAAGACGAAUAACAAAUCGUAAGCUUGCCCUGAUUAAGGUAAAUUCACAAAUAUAACGGACUUAUUAACUUUCUCUGUUUCAUUUAAAGUAAGAGAUGAGCAAAAAUUGCGGAUCAGGUUACUUUGUGGUGGUGUAGUGUGUUUUAAUGUUGCGAGAUCACUCAAAUAAAUGGAAACAGAAGUAUACAAGCUUCUGAUGGAAACCGUUGCAUACCAACCAUAAAUGGCCUCAAUCUUCUCCGAAAUGAAAUUCCCUCCGUGGUGGGGGUCUGGAUAUUUUCUGGAACUACACAUUUCUCGAGUACAUUAUUUGCUUUCUUUAUCAAGUAGAUUUGAUUAAAUUUUUGAAGUAUCUUUUUCAAUGCCAAACCGAACAAGGCCUUCCAUGACUCAAUGUAACUUGGAUGAUGCAAAAGCAUACAAGCUUUUGGGAGCCAUUAUUCUUGAAUAAGUGAGAGGUUUAUCACACUCAUUUUAAAUUUUACAAUAAACUAUGAAUACAGUUUUGCUAGCAACAUGUAUGACUGCUUCCCAACAGUAACUUUGAAUCUUAAAACCAGGAAUGUGCCAUGCCGAUUGGAAAGGAAAGGUGGCUACAAUCUGUUGGAAGUGUCCGAACAACCUAGCAAAUGUUCUUGAGACUUCAUCACAUGUUCCUUCCCAGGGCUCGAAAUUUAAAGAAAAAGUGUAGUCGCAUUUUUGCGACCAGUUGAGAAAAGUUAGUCACAAAGCAUAAGUUAAUUCUCAAAAUAAUGGACAGCAGGUUGCCGGUCAUGAUGACCAGUCAAAUAUUUUUAGCCCGGACAAACCCCGAUUUUGACCGGUCAAAUAAUGAAUACUAUAUUUUUUUUUGGCCUUUGCAAUAUCGAAUUGCACUGGCAAUAGACUGUUGUACUGCAUUGACUUUCAGGUUUUUGGCGGCAAGUUGGUGAAAAAUUCAUUCGCACAUUUUUGAGUUCCUUUCCAGAGUUUUCACACGUUUUCAUGUCCUUUUAUAUAUGCCUUGAGUAUCAUCGUAUGGCGGUGUCUGAAGUCUCAUAAGGUUCAUCCCAUAUCUGCAUAUCUUUGAAACUUGAGCUUUUUCGUUGCUCGGCAAGUGAUCGAAAAGUCUCCUCCAGAAAGAAAAGAAACUUCGCUUAUUAUUUUCGGCAAAGAAGUUGAUUUGGCGAGAAAUCUGUUCCACAAACAGUGUAUUUAUCAUCAGAAGUCAAUAAAUAUACAGCAGAGCUUUUGUUUGGGUCAUCGUGCAGUGCUUUUUCUUGAAGGGCUCAUUAACAAACCGGAAGGAGGAUUUUAAGUGCCGAGAUAGGCAACGUUCGUUCUCAAUCAGCUUAAAUUUUUAUCAGACAAUUCUGGAAUCGAGUCCACAAACAAGAUUCGUGUACGACGUAAAGAAAUUAUUAUAAUUAAUCGAUGCGCUUAAGUUUAUUCCUGGAGAAACAGUACAGGAUGACCUGUUGAGAAUUGCAAUCAAUUUGCCCAAAUUCCGUCGACGGUGAUUUUCACAAUCCUCUUACAAGUAGAUGUGAAACGUUAGAUGGACAAAGACUGUUACAGUACAGCUCAGAGAUAAGCGUCCACGUAUAUACAUGUAAAGCUUCAGAAAACUUCAGAAAUCUCCAAGAGCUUCUGAGCUUUGAAACUCCUGUAAUGCAAUCUGCUUUUGAAUUUCAUCACGGUAGUUGCAGUCACGUGUUAGGCAACGAAAAAGUUCAUGCGUAUCAAGUUCCUUUGCGAAUAAAACAAGCCCAAUCUUACGACAGAUAAACUCAAACUUGAAAGAACUCGCUAUAUUUCCUAGUAGAAUAAAAAGUAUUGUUUCUCGAAAGUUUUCAAGGAUUGUGAACACAGUUUCAGAGCCAAAGAUUGGUCAUGUUACGGACAGACGAGUUUGUUACCGCUGAUGGCCAGAUAAGCCCAGAAUCGUUUGGUGUUACAAAAUAGACAUGAUGUUAUUUAUAUACACUGUUUGUUUGCAUUUGGAGCAGGCAUUUGAAACCAUAUUUAAAGAAAUGAAGCUGGAUAUAGAUGCCCUUGAAGAAACAUUCGCUUUAUAACUUUAAUUGGUCUUGUUUCGAGCAUACAGUCGCUUGCGCGAAUAAACCAUGCUGUGUUGUGUUACAGGUGUAUGUCUAUGUAAAGUUAUCGAGAAAUCAGUACUGGGUGAAUCUUUUGUUUAGUGUCUUGCGAAACUCAAUCCUUGACUUGUUCCUCGAUAGGCUAAGCUUGUUCUCGAUUUUUAGAUCAGUUAUACGUGUAGUUACCUGGGGUAGGGAAAACAAGGCAAAAACAGUGAAGCAUUAAACAGUGCAUAACAAAAGCGAAAGCUGGUUUCAAGAACACGUUUUCAAACUAGUUAACGAUUUUGCAUUAACGCAGAAAACGUGCGUGUGUUUUGCGUGUCCGUUGGUCGCUUAUCUCUGAGCUGUACUGUAGCUAUCCUUUAGGUUUCUAAUGGAUAGCGGAUUAUUGCUAGUGUAGGUUUUCCCAAAGAAGGUCAUAUUACUGAUUACACCCAGUACAACCUGCUGCAUCGUUGCAUUCCUCCACAACUCAGUUUGUUGUUGUUUUGCUUUGUUGCAUUUCAUUAGGACAUGACAACAUGAAACUUAUUUCGGCGUUCUUUUUCUUUGAAGGUGUUAGUGCAAAGCAGCAAAAAAACAAAAGCCAAAGAAAAAAGAAAUCAUUACAGCAUUAUAGAACAAAAUGCAUUAAGUGAUGGCUAUAUGGAAAAUAUUAUAAAAUGUUCGCAUCCAAAAAUGACUGGUUAAAAUGACCAGCAAGACGAGAGUUUGACCGGUCAAAUCCACGAUCAGGCCGGACAUUGUCCGUUGACCAGCCUUUAUUUUGAGCCCUGAUAAGUACUUUGACUAAUAUAUUAAUAACUCUUUGAUUUCAGCAGCUUUUAUUCAUUUCUAAUCAUGUCUGAAAAACAGUUUCUGAAUUACUUUGACGGCACAAUCAAGAUAGUAAAUUAAAAGGUUCGAUCGAUUUCAAAAACUUACAACCCACACAAAUAAAUUGAAAUUUAAGGAAUUAAAGGUCAAAUGAACCAAAAAUUCGACAUUUUUUAUGUUAGCUCAAUUCUAGUGAAAUAUGUUUAAUAUGAACCGAAUAAACAUACUAUGAAGUUUCAGCUCAAUUGAAGCAAGCAUCUCCAAGAUAUUUGCAAUUAAAAAUUGUUAUUUUUUGGCCCUUAUCUUCGUAGAGCGGUCGGAAAAAUUGUCGGUAAAAACAGCUUGUGACGUCAAUGUUGGUCAGGUGAAAAAAAGCGGGAAAUUCAAAACAGUGUUUUUCGAGUCGACUUGGCGCAGAAAUUGUGGUGGUUUGUGCGGCCAUAAACCUAGAAAGAACAAGCAAUUUGUCUUCAAAAUUUGCAAGCUGUGUUUACAACCUUAUUAUUUAACUUUCUCGAGGAAUACAUCAUAGUAAAACGGACUUUAACGGCGGCAUUAAUUUCCUUGCGCUGUACUGGAAAUGUGCGUGCGUAGGUCCAAUUUUUUUCAAGAUGUAUUCACAAAAUGUGUUCAUAUAAGGAUGUUUCUGGAUAUUUUAGGUCUGUAGCUCCACUGUGGACACAAAAACAAAAUAUCUUUGUAUAGUGAUUUGCCCAAAGAAAUUAAUGCUUGCCCACAAUGUGUUUGAAGUCAUUGAACUUUGUCCCACUCGAGCUGAUUAAAACCCACGCUCGAUCGGACACUUGUCCUUCGCAGAACACUAAAAUAUAAACAAAAUCCUCAAUGUAGAAGUUUUGGCGUUGAUAUGUGGGCAGAAAAAGAGUUAAUCUUUAUCUACUAAAAUCUUCCCCAAAAUCGGUUUCAAAGCAACUACAGUUUUUUUAAACUUGAUCGUUUCGCGUAGAUAAAGUUUGCUUUGUGUUGUCAGGUUGAACAUGCAUAACACUUCUCAAAAACCGAGUAAGAUUUCCUUUAAACAAAGUUGAAGGUACAUUAUUGCAAAAACUUCUCUCCAGUUAUGUAUGUGAUUUAAUUACCGACUGAUGUCACUUUAAGGACCAUAGACGCCUCUUUAAUCUCGCAAAGAGAGGCGACAAGCAAAGAACAAUUCCGUCAUGCAUAAAAUUCAGCUUAAGUGAACUAAAAAAAGGUUCAAUAAACUAACUAAAGAUCUUAAAAGCAAAAGAUCAGUUGCAAGCUUUGCACUUAAGCCAUGAUUCACCAUUUAGCUAUUUUUAAAAACUGGUCCAUGCGAGGGUCUUCAUUCAAGCAAAUUAAACGCAGCAAACUGAAUCAUUAGAAAGUAUGGAAAACUGCACAUAAGGGUUUGUUUUACUCGCUUCACUCAAAUCCAGCUCCAGCAAUUGUUUACGGGCAAAGAGUCAAUUGUUUUUGAGUCACUGCCGGCAGUUGUUGUUCUCAGCUACUUCACAGCGAGUGAAAAGGAAAAUUUGCGUACAGAAAGAAAACAAAACUACGUAAGUGAAAAUGAAAAAGAAAAAAAUACUCUGACUAUCAUUACUUGAGCAACAGAAAAGUGAUCGAAGUAGUCUGGUCUUCUCGAAUAAGCUUGUAGCCUUCCAGAGUUCCGAGGAAGUUUUAAGGGCUCAAGUUUGUUCACUCGCAAGCGUUAGCAUUACGGUUCUUUGACAUAAGACAAGGAUAAAGCUGGUUCUGCAAAGGUAAAUGAAUCUGGGCAUGUAAAAAAACUAACCGUAACUACUAAUAACAGAAUACAAGCGGGUUUUAAUUCAGCCCGGCGAAAGAAGGCGAAGCACUGGACACAAAAUCAAUUCACAGAUCGAUGCACAAUUAUCAGAAAAAUACAAACCUCUUUUGAAAUGUUCAAAACGUUUUAUUCCUCCUCAGACUGACAGAAUGAUCUGUUUUUACUCUAACAUUGGUUGUUCUGAAUCCAAAGUAAUUUUCAAGUGACGAAAAAACAACAACAUCAAAAAAAACCAAAAAAAAGCCUUUACAAAGAGCAAACGUUUGCACCUCAUGUAUUUCAUUCAGUCUCAGUCAGAACUCUCACAGGACGAGACAAACAAACGCAGGCGAUAAGGGAUGCGCAGAACGUUUUUCCCCCCUGAAAGACCAACAUUGACGUCACGUAGUCUCCAGUCUAUCACGCAGCCAUUUCAGACACGUUUUCGUGAAGUCUUCGGAAAUGCUCGGAUUUUGAUCUUUUAUCUUUCUAUAAAGGCUUGGGAAGAAAAAUCUUUACCCAAAUCUCACUUAGGAUGGUUCUUUUUAGUGUUCGAUGAAGGUAAAGCGGCAAAAGAAAAUAUUUCAAUUUUUUGGUUCAUUUGACCUUUAAGGAAGAUGACAAAGAAACUUAUUCACUCAAGCUAUCUUCAGUACAACUUUACAGAGGACGAAGCAAUAACUUGCAACUCCCGGAAAAUGAAAAACCACUGUUACUGCCCCGCUGCGCAGGGCAUCCGAAACUUCGCACGGUGACAGAGCCGCGAAAUUCACAAAAACACAGGAAGUACUGCACAAUUCGGCAGAAAUCUUACUGAAUACAUGUCAGUUCAACAUAUUUGAAACUUAUCUUGGGAUGUGUUUUGCCAUAAACUUGCAAAUUUAUCUUGAAACUUUGUCACUGAAACGAGAAAACGUCCCAGUACCUGGUGUUCUUAGAUUAUUAUUGCGAAAAACUGGACACUGGCCACCGCAUGAUAUGAAAAUCUUUGCCACUGGCACCUGCACAUUUCGGAGCUCAUUGUUGUUAGAGGAGCAAAUGAUGAUCUCUGAUAAAAAAAAAAACUGUGGGAGAGAAUACCAAGUCCAAACGAGAUCGCAAAACAAGCGGUGGUUUUGAACUCAAAAUCGCCAGGUUUAAAAAGGCAACAUUUAUAAGUAGUCAGUGUUUCUGUUGUUGUUGUUAUUGCACAGGCUAACGCUCAUCACUUCCCCCCUCCCCUAAAAUUGGCAAAAUUGCCGUCUUGUUUCAUUAAAAAUGUUCUUGAAAUCAACGCAAAACUGAUUGCUUUCUAGCCCAGAAAACUUCCAUGAAAUUGGCCAUUUUUUAGCAAUUGUUUUUUGGCAAAAUUUCACCUGAAUUUUUCUGCAAGAUUCCUGCUAAAUCUGCUGUUUUUUCUUUGAAUUUGUCGCUGAAAAUCCCACGAAAUUUGACUUUUUUCUGCGACCUAUCAGAUUCCCUGUGUUAUGAAGGGUUUACGUUGUAAAAGAUCUUGACCUGGUCGCCAUUUUUCCCUCUCCAACAUCCCCCCCCCCCAACUUUUCCCCCCCGGUUUUAUGAACGUCAAUAUUGUUCGAUCUUGACCAAUCGUAUUUUAAAAAAGUGAAGGUCUGAAGCACAUUAGAAGCGUGAAAGAACAGACAAAAUGUCCGGUCAUUUAAGGAUUUGACAGGACAAGGCCUUUUUUUGACCAGAAAUUGUCCAUUGACCGGCCGUUAUUUGAAGCCCUGCCUUAUGGCCUUUUUUAUCAUUGUUAUGUCCAUUACUUAAUUUAUUGCCAUUAAGUUGUAAUAAAUGAAUAAAUAAUCCUGUUAAAUGAUAAUUUGUACUCAAGUUAAAAUUCAAUAAGCGAAACAGUCAUUAAUCUUAUCGUCUCUUAAUGAUGUGAAAUCCCUGUAAUGUCUCCCCUCGUUUAAUACACAAAGCUCUUUAUUACUACACAUGCUUACAGAAAUAGCGGGAAACUUGUGUAUAGAGGGAAAGAGGGACUUAACAGAGGCGUGUAUUGGGAGGUUUUCUCAUGCUUUGAUCUUAUUAGGCUUGUAGUGAGUUCAUCAACAGGUUAAAACCAACUGUUUUAAGAUGAGAAAACCUCUCUAUAAACAUCACAAGCAAAAAUUACAGGACAGCCCUCUUCUUAGUUGUUCCUAACACAUUCUUUUUUUCAAAUGAUAUAAAAAAUGAAUGAAGCAAAAAGGCGCAAACUUACUCGCAUGCUUACCUGUUUUCGAAGUAUGACUACCAAGGCAGUGCCAUUAGCGUUAUAAAGUCCAUUAUAAACUAAGAAUUAUAGCUCAAAAAUGGCUUUUCCCUCCCUUGGCUGUGUUCUCAAUUUAUAGUAACAAGGACAAAAUAAAAGCUGCAAUAAAUCGAGAAUAAACAAGAAUUUUUGUCAACACUCUUUCUCACCGUUAUCUGCCAUUUUGUAUUUUUUUGAAAAUCAUCCACUGGCCCAUCGCCAUGGUGAUCAUGUGGUUGUGACAUAGACUAUUCUUUUUUGGAUCUUCCAAAACUGGCAUACUCCCGAACUUGGAAGUGUCAACCUGAAGUACACCUGUUACAGUAGCACUCAAAAGUAAGUUACCACCCCCUCGUGUCUCUCGUGGCACACAAUGACCUGAAGACCUGAAAGUAUUAUGGCAAAAGAUUUUAUCCAUGGUAAAGCUUUACUGUGACUAACACAGGAACCAGUUUUUUACCGAUGUGACCUGUAGACUGCUGAGUAUGAUUCCCUUUGUGAAGGAUCAGCGACAUCAAGAUGUCAGUUAGUAUUAACGUACUUCAUGUGUAAAACAUGCUUUGAAGACACUUUGUAUGAAACAAACUUUUUUAAAAAGAAACUUGUCAACGAUAGCUUUGCUUGUAGCUUGUUAGUGCCAGCAGGUUUUGUUAAAAGUUUUAAACUGAAAUGAAUAUUGAUAUAACAAGUUAUGUGAUUACAAACAUAAACUUCAGAUAGCAGACAAUUACUGUUUGUCCCUUCAAGGCAUCUAGAGGGAAGAGGAGAAUCAAUAAUUGACAUUAAGACAGAAUCCAUCAUAAAAUUGAGUAAUUUCAAUUUUCAUUGGACGAAAACCUUGUACCAGAAUAAUUUAAACAAUACUGCAUUCUUUUUGACAUUUUUCAAGGGCAAUAGAUAUAAUUAGUUAUCUGUAAUAACACCAAAGACUAAUUCUCAUGGGUGCCCGAGAAAAUAAAUGUCAAAUUUCACAAGAAUUUUGAAAACGCAGGUAAAAUUCUUAAAAUUUCAUGUAAAAGAUGUCUUUUUGUGAAAUUUUACAUUUAUUUUUUCGGGCUGUCAUAAGAAAUUUUCUUUGGUGCUAUUACAGAUAACUAAUUACAUCUAUAGCCCUUGAAUAAUGUAAAAAAAAAAACUGGGCAUUAGUCAUUAUGUUAAAAGCUUAGCCAUAUGCUCAUUUCUCAAGCGCUUUGUUGUUACAAUAGCAAAUGAUCAUCUCUGUUUAAAAACAUUAAACAUGCUCGUCAAAUCAGUGCAAAAUCGAAAAAUUCCCACAAAAUCGGCCGUUUUUUACCGAUUGUUUUUUGGUGAGGUUAGCCCCGAAUCUGUCUCUGAAAAUCCCACGAUAUUUGACUUUUUUUGGGACCUAUUAGAAGCCCUGUAGUAUGGUGCGAUCCAUCAGAUAUAUCGCGAACAGAAGUCUGCAUAAAUUUGGAGGUAAACUGGCUUUGUUUAUGCGAUUUGGCACAUUUUAUGUGACGAAAGCAAAGCAAGAUAUGAUGGAAUGUUUGUUUUAACUUUACUCUUUUAGUUUAAAUCUAAAUCAUAGAGAAACCUGGUCGCCAGUAACCAGAAUUUUUAGUCGCCAAGGAGAAAAUGUUAGUCGCAUUGGCAACCUUAUCAGGUGCAAUUUUGAGCCCUGAUUUAAUGACCAGCUCCCAGUUGGUGUGCUAGCUCAGUUGGUUAGAACACCACACUGGCCCGAAUUUUUUCAGGCUUUCUACCUUUAAAUUAUUAUGUUUAUUUACGUUUUGUGAUGGGAACAUAAACAAAUUACUCUGGCAAUGUACAAUAAUGUGUAAAAAACCUAUUUAACUUGAAACUACACUGGAAAGAAAAUUCUGAGCUUUCAGCUCUGGUGUAGAGCCUUCUUUACAAUGGAUUGAACAUGUCCUGUGGCUGGUGACUUGAUCAGUCUGGUCCAUAUCACUGGAGGUUUUUGCCUGCCCCAUAUGGGCUAUGGGCUCUGAUAUACAUGUAAAUGGCCUCUUUUAUCCCCCCUGGUGGACCAGUCAGGAUCUCCAUCCAAAAUCUGCAUAAUCAAUGUUGACAUCAAACUAACCAGAAAAAAAAAAAUUAAAACAAAAUACCUGAAAUUUGGGUUAGUUUUCACUGUCGUUUACUGGCCUGGAGCUCUGAUGAGCCUGCCCAAACCUAAGGGUGGAUUCCCUUGCAGUAUACAUAACCUAUAUAGUCUGUGAAUAUGCUCGUUUCAAUUUUUCAGUUUUAAGUGUCAAACAAGCAAAUGAUAUUGCAUUUGAUUGGGUGCUAAGGGACUCGAAAGUGGUUAAGCAAUGUUAUUUUCACUUGCCUUUUGUCUAACACUACAGGGACGUCGUCAGAAUGUCUUGGGAUAGCUAUAUUGAUAACCUUAUCGCACAAACUAAAGAUGCUUCAGGAACUGCUCAUUCUGACAAAGCCUGUAUAAUUGGAUUGGAUGGUGGGGCUCCAUGGACAACUGCUGGUCAUGCAUUUGCAUUAAAGGUAAGAACAAUUCUCUCAGCUAUGGAAUAUGAAUGUAAGUAGGAGUGAUUGCUGCAUUGUUUAAUAAAGGUUGGAUGCCCAUUGCAGUGUCCAGGAGCUUUUACCAAGGCAUACUGAGUGCUGCUCCCAUGCCCUACAUCCUUGAGUGUGUAUGCCGUGGUGGCCAUCCUACAUGUAUUAUUAGGCCCCCCCCCCCCUCCAACCCAGUUUAAGAGGUAACUUGGACUCUCCCUCCUGACAUGAGAAAGAAACAAAAGUGCUGACAUACAUUUAAUAAUCGCUAAUUACCUUCAAAGCUUUUGCAUUUCUUCUUCAUGACCUCAGACUAUUUCAUUUUUAGUCUUGAAACCUUUCUAAAUGUCAUAUUUUCUUAUACAUGUACUUUUUUAGUAAACCUCAACCACAAUAGCUUGCAACAGUUAGCAGACUGUGCCGAUUUUGCCUUAAACAAUGAGUUUUGAUAUCAAGUCUUGCAGGCAGCUGUUAUUUCGAUCGUUAUGCAGAGUGUUGUGUGUUACCCAAGUAACAGCAGCUUAGGAGUCUAUUGAACAUGUAUUGAUGUAUUAAUUUAUCGGGCAUUAUUCUUUCUUACCUGUAGUUGCAAGGAUCAGAAGGAGCAAACAUAGCGAAGUGCUUUAAGAGCAAAGAUUUUACAGCUUUUCAGGCCGGUGGUGUAUUUGCAGAGGGGAUCAAGUAUCAAUAUCUGAGAGAGGAAGAAGGGAAGUUAGUUCUUGCAAAGAAAAAAGAGCAUGGAGCCAUCACUAUACAAGCCAGCAAGACAGCAAUUGUCAUUGCUCACACUACUGAAGGUUGCCAACAGGGCAAUAGCAACAAAGGUGUAGCCGUAAUUGCAGAGUACCUGGAAAGCUUGGGCAUGUAA